CCAUAUAUUUUAUGAACCUAACGCUCUCGCCUUUUCUUUUCUCUAUGUUUUCUCUCUCAUUCAAUUGAACGAUGUGAGGUUCUCUCUCUUUUUUCUAUCAGUUGAUACCCUUAUUCUCCUACAAAGUUUAUGGCUUGAUUCAUUAUUACUUAAAGAAAUAGUAAGACGACGUCGUAAGGAGGCCGGUGGCAUAGGACUGGCUGGCUGACAUAUAACAUUACACAGCAGAGAGAAGCAAAGGGUUUAGGAAGGAAGAGAGCGUGAAGACGAAAAGCAUAGAAAAGAAAGAAAGUAGUUAGGUACCUCUAAUGGCGACUACAACAACGUUUCAGGGUUAUCCUCAACAACCACAGCCACAGCCACAACAACACCAUCAUCAGCCUACCACCGUUGAGGAGGUCCGAACCCUUUGGAUUGGGGAUUUGCAGUAUUGGGUCGACGAAAACUACCUCAAUAGCUGCUUUGCUCACACCGGCGAGGUAAUUUCAAUAAAGAUUAUACGCAACAAAAUUACAGGACAGCCUGAAGGUUAUGGGUUUGUGGAAUUUGUUUCUCAUGCAGCAGCAGAGAGGAUUUUGCAGAGUUACAAUGGGAGCCAGAUGCCUGGAACUGAACAAACUUUCAGGUUGAACUGGGCUUCUUUUGGUAUUGGUGAAAGACGUCCUGAUGCUGGGCCUGAGCACUCCAUUUUUGUUGGGGAUUUGGCACCUGAUGUUACAGAUUAUCUGUUGCAAGAAACCUUUCGAUCUCAAUAUCCAUCAGUUAGAGGUGCCAAGGUUGUCACUGAUCCAAACACUGGACGUUCAAAAGGAUACGGGUUUGUUAAAUUUUCUGACGAGACAGAAAGGAAUCGUGCUAUGACUGAAAUGAAUGGCGUCUACUGCUCAACUAGGCCAAUGCGAAUUAGUGCAGCAACACCGAAGAAGACCACUGGCUUUCAACAGCCCUACACUGCCGCUAAAGCGGUAUAUCCAUUUCCAGCAUACAGCACACCAGCAGCACCCGUGCUUUCAGCGGAUUAUGAUGCAAACAACACUACGAUUUUUGUUGGUAACUUGGAUCAAAAUAUCACUGAAGAGGAGCUAAAGCAAACAUUUUUGCAGUUCGGGGAGAUUGUCUAUGUCAAGAUUCCUGCUGGCAAAGGAUGUGGUUUUAUACAGUUUGGGAUAAGGACAUCUGCUGAAGAAGCAAUUCAGAAAAUGCAGGGAAAGAUGAUUGGUCAACAAAUUGUUCGGGUUUCUUGGGGUAGGAGCCCAACAGCUAAACAGGAUGCAUCUGGUGGCUGGGGUCAGCAAGUAGAUCCAAAUCAGUGGGCUGCGUAUUAUGGUUAUGGACAAGGGUAUGAUGCGUAUUCAUAUGGGGCUUCUACACAAGAUCCUUCGUUAUAUGCAUACAGUGCAUAUGCUGGUUAUGCCCAAUACCCUCAACAGGUUGAUGGUGUUCAAGAUAUGGCAGCUAUAGGAGCAACUGUCCCAGCUGUAGAGCAGAGGGAAGAGUUGGAUGAUCCAUUGGCUACACCUGAUGUUGACAAGCUGAAUGCUGCUUACCUCACUGUUCAUGGAAGUGCGAUGUUAGGCCGUCCAUUAUGGCAGAGAACGUCUUCGUUUUUGCAGCAAACUUAGAUGCUUGUUUAUUUAUAACCAGAUUCAGAUUGAUGAGAGACCAUGGCUACAGUGUUGAAGUUAGAGGAUAGAGUGGUAGAGAAAGAAUAGCAUUAAACUGCAAAUUGAAUCGGCUUACUUUUCUUGAUUGUGCAUUUGCUGCAUCAGAGAGGGGCUAUCUUUUGGACAAUAAAAUUCCGUUAUAUGCUGCUGAAAUAUAA